GCAGCAUCGGCAGCGGGCCGGAGCGGCGCUGGCUGCAGGCAGAGCCGAGCCCACAGCGCGCCCGCCCCUCCCCUCCCUCCGCCCGGCGGAGGCUGCGGCGGGGCAGGGGCGGCGCCAGCAGCAGCCGCGCGGGGCGGGCGCCAGGCGAAGCCGGGCUGUGCGGCGCGGGCAGCGGCGGGGCUCUCCGCCGGGAGCCAUGGGCCAGGACCUGCCGUGGCUUAACCACUCCGGCAGCCCGCGGGCGGCGGGCAACGCGUGCGCGGCGGACGGGCAGCGCGGCGGGCCCUUCUCCGCUGCCGCCUCGGCGCUGCUGGCGGCGCUCAUGGGGCUGCUGGUGCUGGCCACCGUGCUGGGCAAUGCCCUGGUCAUCCUGGCGUUCGUGGUGGACCGGAGCCUCCGCACGCAGGGCAACUUCUUCUUCCUCAACCUGGCCAUCGCCGACCUCCUGGUGGGCGGCUUCUGCAUCCCCCUGUACAUCCCUUACGUGCUGACGGGCGAGUGGAGGCUCGGCAGGGGCUUGUGCAAGCUGUGGCUGGUGGUGGACUACCUGGUGUGCACCGCCUCCGUCUUCAACAUCGUCCUCAUCAGCUUCGACAGGUUCAUCUCUGUCACCAAGGCGAUGAAUUACAGGGCUCAGAAGGGGAUGACCAGAAAUGCAAUACUGAAGAUGAUUAUUGUAUGGAUUGCUGCUUUUCUUCUCUACGGUCCAGCCAUCCUCAGCUGGGAGCACAUUGCCCAAAAAAGCAUCCUCCCUGAAGGAGAAUGUCAUGCAGAAUUCUUCUACAACUGGUAUUUCCUAAUGAUUGCAUCUACUAUUGAAUUCUUUACACCUUUCAUUACUGUUACGUACUUUAACUUAAGUAUUUACCUCAACAUCAGGAAGCGCACAUCCCUCAGAAAUGAAAACCUAUCACCUGGUCAAGAGGACUGUGAAAUGAGUUUCCAGGGGAAAAAAAGGGAACACACCAUAUUUUUUGUAAAACCUGCUAAUAGACAGAAACAUGAGAAAAGAGCAAACAGCCUUUCUCCCCCUAAACCACAGGCUUCAAAGCUCAGCCUACAUAAGCUUGACAAUCAGUCACUAAAUUUGAAUGUCAAUCAAGACCUUCCACCACUUCAGGUAGAUGUCGAGACCAAACCAUAUAGGAACAGUUUAUACAAAACGACAGAAAGCAUAUGCAACACCACAAGCAGAGGGGAUAUUGCUAACACUAUGGCAAAUAAAUUUAGACUUUCCCGGGACAAAAGAGUAGCAAAAUCAUUAGCAAUCAUUGUCUGUGUGUUUGGUUUGUGCUGGGCUCCAUAUACACUCUUGAUGAUCAUUAGAGCAGCUUGCCAUGGGCACUGUGUGCAGUAUUCACUUUAUGAGACUUCAUUUUGGCUUCUGUGGGUGAAUUCAGCCAUUAACCCUGUUCUAUAUCCACUGUGCCACAUAAGCUUUAGAAAGGCUUUUAUAAAACUCCUGUGUCCAGGAAAAGCCAAAAUUCAUCCUCAUAUUUUGAUGUGAAAAAAAAAAAAAAAAAAGGCAAAAUACCAAAUUUGAAGAAGAAAAUGCAUCUUGCUUUCAAUGGGAUUGUGAACUGGCUCAGUGCUCACCUGCAAAUAUUAAAUGCAAGAAGAGCUGAGUACUUCAAGGGAAUACUGAUAAGUGGAUACAGGCAUAGAUAGAUUUAGGAAUGCAUUGAAAUACAAUCAUCCAUGUUGCUGGAGAAACCACAAGUAAUUAAAACAAGGCAAUUUGUCAAAGUUCUUCAGGAAAUUAUGCCAACAGUGUAAGUCUAGUGCACCAUCACCAGAAAGAAAAGUGCCAAAAUGAGAAUAAAGCAUUCAUGACAAAGUUAGAUUUCAGGUUCUCCCCCUUUUAAUAAUUAUAGAUAUUACUAGUAAGGAAUUUCACUAAGUUUUAAGCCAUAUUUUACCUCCAGCCCUGCUCUAUAAGGCUCCCAAGGGUGUUAGCUGUGAAGGGGAGUAUGCAUUUUUGGGAGGCUAUUGCCCCAGUCUCUGCAAUAUUAACAGCUUUCUUCCUGAAUGGCAAGCCAGACAAGAUGGUUACUAAUGGGAAAAACUAAAUACUAAUGUCCAGAAAAAGCAAGGUACAAGAAGCAACAGAACAGUCAGAUUACCAGAGAAGCUCAGCAAUUGCAGCAGGUAAGGGAACACAGAUUUGGGUGAAAAAGCUGAUCAAGAAGAAUGAGAGUACAAUUUUAGUAGAACCAAAAGAUCACAGACAGGAACCUGAAGGGAGUUUGAGCUUUGUGAUACAAGGUAUGAGAAGUAGGAGCUUGUGUACUAGAGGAGUUACAGGGGAAGCUCCCUCUCCCAGCUAGGACUUCCUGCCUCUUCUCGGUGGAGGGGCUGAGAUCCUACAUGGGCAAGAAUCUGCUCACAAGUCAAACUUUUACUCCUUACAGAACUGCCAGGUAUUGUUCUUCUCUUGCUGUAACUACAUAGUAAGCCUAAUUAACCUAUGAGAUCUGACAGGGAGGUAUCACUAUGAAAGAGCUUAAAGUAAACUUCUCUUGGAAUAAUUUUUAAAACUAAAUUUGAAAUCUAUUAUUUCUGUUGCAUUUUGAAAGGAACAAACAUGUUGGAAUUUUUGCCCACCUACUGGAUCUAUCCAUCCAGUCAUAGAUGGUUUAACAGAGAAUAUUACUCCAAGUGUUUACACUCGAAAAUGAUGCCCCAUGAAUAGCAUGGCCCAAAGUCUGUUAAAAUUAACAGCCUUCUUGACCAUAGACAGGGGGGAGGGAGGAAACACUACUUAGUUGCUUACAUUCUGUUUUCUGCUCUUCUGCCUCUGCCAUAAGAGUUUCACAUAGCUAGACCUUGAGUGCUGUCUAGAUUUGUCCCACACAGGAAGUAUCAAUUUGAACACCAACAGUAAGAGAUUUGUUCACCCUCAUGAGCAUCUUCUACAUAGUUUGAGACACUUCCCUUUGCUGACGAGAGGAAUGAUAGCUAUUGAACAGCCAGAGUUGUCCAUUGCCACAGCCAAAAUGCAUGUUAGUACAGUUGAUCUCAAAGUUUAUACACUGUUUUGAAAUUUACUUUGUAAUAUUUCAAUAAAAGUAAUUCAGAACUGUGCAA